AUGCUAAGACAGAGAAAGAUCCAUCUUUUUAACUGUGAUCAGCUCUACGAGCUCAGUAUCAUCGAGAAUUUACUCAACUCUUUGAAACCGAAACUGGCCUUCGAUCUCACAGUGGAGUGUCACUACUUCUCCCUUUCUGAAAUGGCUGAAUUGAGCGAGAAAGUUAUUCCCGCACUGCAGAUCGAUUUUGCUUUUUUCGUCGUUCACGCUCACGAGUCACGUCUGUCGAUAAACGAUGGCCGUGGUUACACCAAGGUAUACAGAGCUCUAUUGCAGAAAACAGGUAAGAAUUUCAAACGCGACCUGCAUACAGUAUAAUGUCAUUGUAACCGAUCUUUCACGGAUCUUUGUGUCCGGCUAUGUGCAAAAAGGUAUGAAGGACCAACAAAAACUUUCGACUAAUGUUUUUGUAGUCAAUAUUAAUCGAUUAAUGUGACGCUCAGUAAUAUAAAUGAGCGCUCCCUAAAGGAUUCUUGACGAUGGCUAUUAUAUUUGUGACUAAAAAAUAUAAAUAACAAUUAUCCACCGACACUGUUUUAGUAUAUACUAAAAGAGUGAGAUAAUUGAGCACAAAAUGAUGAUUUUUAACUCAUUUACUGUUGCCAACGAUAACAAUUUUGGCGUGCGAUGACCGAACGGCCGCGGUCGUCGCUUUUUCUUUAGUGACAAAUAAAACUUUUGAAGGCGUUUGUUUAGCUCUUGCGGGGAAGUUUCUUCAAAAGGAGUUGUGAAUUCUGUUUGUAUUUAAAAUAAUUCUGUAACAAAGAUUAUUAAAUUUAGUUUAAGCUUAUUUAUGAACAAGUCAACUAAAUAAAGUAACGCAAGACUUUAGCUUGAUUUGCAUUUGAAAACAAAAAACUUUUUCACCGGUUUUAUCGAUAACUAUUCAAGUCAAAAAGACAAAGCUUUACCUGUUAAAACUUCCAAACCGAACUUCGUCACCUUCUUCAUGUAUUUCGGAAAUAGCUUGCUUGAUUAGUUGUGAAAUUUCUUAGUUUGUUACGGCAGCAAACCGGGAAAGCAUUUUGCUCGCAACCUACGCGAGUUUGGCGUCGCUCGCUCGGAGGAACUGGAGGUGAAGCAGUGAAUAUUGCAGGAUAUUCACUGAUUGAGUAGCCAAUCAGAGCGCCCGAAAAACACUAUCCAGUGCUUUAGUAUAUACUAAACAACAUUAUUUGCGAUGCAAAACUAGAACCUUGUAAACUUUGCACUCUAUGAAAAAGCGAGCAAUACACCAGUCAAUUCCAGCUGCGCCCAGCUCACCCUCCCUCGGGUGCUGACCCCCAUGCAUUUAUGUAUUAGCAUUUUUUUGCCUUGGUAAAUUCCUGGGGGUGGAGACCGUUGAGCUGUCAAAUCCCUCAGGGUGGGGACGAAAAUAGAGGGCCGCCCCCGUCCUCCAUCAACACUGCAACAUUUUUCAUUGAUCGCACAGUCGGGUAGUGCCAUUUUAAGCAUUUUAAUGUGCGAUGUUUUGUUUCAGUUAACGUCUGCCUUUGUAAUGGCGCUAUUCUAAUAAAGACUUCACGCCGCGACGUUACCAGUUUAUGGUUUUAGUAUUGUUAUAAAAUUAUUGAUGUUAAAAUUAAUAUUGUGCUGAAAAGUUUAAAAGCUUAAAUCGGGCAUAGUACGUUUUUUUUAAUAAAAGGGCUAACUUCUCAGGAAACAACUUAACUCGGCGAUAAGAAAGGAAUAAGCUUGACUUAACGUGCAAGUUCUCGCUGAAGUUGGAGAGUUUAUCAGCAAUCAACCGAGCUAGGAUGACAGAAUUCAACGAUAGUUAAUAAGAUUUAGCUUCUGUAGAAUUCAACACGGAAUACAGCGAUCAGUUUCAAAAAAGAGAUAAUUUUACUUCUAAUAUAUUUUUUGCUUCUCAGGAGGUAAUCUUAUUACAGUCAUUGGAGGAGAUGACAACUACAAAAGUGAAGACGAGGAAGAGCGAUCAGUUAUCUCUCCCUGGGCCCGAAGAAUUGUUUCUGUACAAUUCAGCGAAGAAUAUUUGGAUGGAAGGAAAAGCUUUGUAUUUUCCUGGAACAAGAAACACAGGCCAAUUCACGAGGAAGCUCUGAGGCAUAUUUUUGAUCCAAGCAAAAAUGGUGAAAAGUUUGAAUAUAAGCUGUCAGCAAACCCAGACCCUCCAUCGCAGGCCAGACGAGUUACACCGGCUGAAACCAUUCCCACCAAAGCGGAAGAGAACAAAAGCUCA